AUGGCGAUCGACUUCAUCGAGAGCGAAAGAAAGAAUGUUGUGCGCUAUGAUGUCACACAGAAAGACCCGGUGGACUUCUCCUUCAACCCACUGGCUGACCCCCGUUUUGUGUUUUACGACCACUCGCUGGUGGAGGCGGUGAAGCUGGAGAACCCAGAGGUCCACGCCUUCUUCAGGCUGCUGGCGCUCUGCCACACCGUCAUGGCCGAGGAGAAGAAAGAAGGUGAGCUUCUCUACCAGGCCCAGUCGCCCGAUGAAGGAGCUCUGGUGACAGCCGCCAGAAACUUUGGAUUUGUCUUCCGCUCGCGAACACCGGACAGCAUUUCCAUCGUGGAAAUGGGAAAGCAGCGCAGCUACGAACUCUUGGCCAUCCUGGAUUUUAACAACGUCCGCAAGAGGAUGUCCGUCAUUGUUCGGAGCCCAGAGGGGAAACUGUCUCUGUACUGUAAAGGAGCGGACACGAUCGUCUACGAGAGGCUCCAUCAGUCCUGCAGCAAACUGAUGGAAGCCACAACGGAACAUCUGAACGAAUUUGCAGGCGAGGGCCUCCGGACUCUGGCUCUGGCCUACAAGGAUUUGGACGAAGCGUUUUAUAGUGAAUGGAAGCAGCGCCACCACGAGGCGAGCACCGAGCUGGACGACAGGGAGGCCAAGCUGGACAAGCUGUACGAGGAGAUAGAGACGGAUCUGCUGCUGCUCGGAGCUACAGCCAUAGAGGACAAGCUACAGGAUGGAGUUCCUCAGACCAUCGAGCAGCUGUCCAAAGCUGACAUCAAAGUCUGGGUUUUGACUGGUGACAAACAAGAAACUGCAGAAAACAUUGGUUACUCGUGCAACUUACUGCGCGAAGAGAUGAACGAGGUUUUCAUCAUCUCGGGAAGCUCGUCUGAUGACGUCAGACAAGAGCUCAGAAACGCGCAGACCUCCAUGAAACCGAAUGCAGCAGAGAACUCUGAGAUUUUAUCAGAAGAGACGAGCGAAGGAGUGAAACUGAUGAAAGAUGAGGCGAUUAACGGAGAGUACGGCCUCGUGAUCAACGGACACAGUCUGGCGUUCGCCUUGGAGCGCAGCAUGGAGCUGGACUUCCUCAGGACGGCCUGUAUGUGUAAAUCGGUGAUCUGCUGCAGGGUGACCCCUCUGCAGAAGGCUCAGGUGGUUGAACUGGUCAAGAAAUACAAGCAGGCCGUCACACUGGCCAUAGGUGAUGGAGCAAAUGACGUCAGCAUGAUCAAAGCGGCGCAUAUAGGUGUGGGCAUCUCGGGUCAGGAGGGCAUGCAGGCGGUCCUGUCCAGCGACUACUCCUUCGCCCAGUUCCGCUUCCUGCAGCGCCUCCUGUUGGUGCACGGCCGCUGGUCCUACAUGCGCAUGUGCAAGUUCCUGCGCUACUUCUUCUACAAGAACUUCACCUUCACCUUCGUCCACUUCUGGUUCGCCUUCUUCUGUGGCUUCUCUGCACAGACGGUGUAUGACGAGUGGUUCAUCACGCUCUACAAUCUGAUGUACACAGCACUUCCUGUGCUGGGAAUGAGUUUGUUCGAUCAGGAUGUGAACGAUGUGUGGAGUUUCCAGCAUCCGCAGCUCUACGUUCCGGGUCAGCUGAAUCUUUACUUCAGUAAGAAGGCCUUCUUCAAAUGUGCCAUUCACAGCUGCUACAGCUCCCUGGUGCUCUUCUUCAUCCCCUACGCUGCUCUGCACGACACAGUGAGGGAUGAUGGGAAGGACGUGGCUGACUACCAGUCCUUCGCCCUCCUCACACAGACAUGUCUGCUGUUUGCAGUGAGCAUCCAGCUGGGGUUGGAGAUGUCUUACUGGACGGCGGUGAACACCUUCUUCGUGUUGGGCAGUUUGGUCAUGUAUUUUGCCGUCACGUUCACCAUGUACAGUAACGGCUUGUUCCUCCUUUUGCCGUCAGCGUUUCCUUUUAUAGGAUCAGCUCUGAACUCUCUGAGCCAGCCCAAUGUUUGGCUGACCAUCGUCCUCACCUCCACCCUGUGCAUCCUUCCUGUGGUGACCUACCGCUUCUUGUUGAUUCAGCUUUGCCCCACCAUCAAUGACAAGGUGAUGUUUAAGGUGAGACAGGCCAAAGCAACUCUUCCCCCUCCUGCUCGCCGGGCUAAGAUCCGCCGCAGCAGCACCCGCCGCUCAGGCUACGCCUUCUCACACGCGCAGGGCUACGGGGAUCUGGUGACUUCGGGUCGGUUCCUGCGGCGUCCUGCCAUAUCGCGAUCUUCAGGCUUCCCCCAAGUGGGUCGGACCACCACGGGGUUCAGUCCCAUGGGACGAUCAGCGGGUUACAGCCCGACGGGACGUCCUCAGAACUUAAAGGUCCCGGACGUGGAGGUGACGUCCCUGCAGAUGUACAGGACAAUCACAGAGCCGCCCCUCUGA